AACUCGCUUCGUCUCUCGCCCACUCACUAUAUUCCCGAAAUUCAGAAACCGUCUUUUCAACUCCCCUGGCCAGCCGAGACGCGCCAGCCUGCGGAGCCCCGAAGAAGAGAUACGACGCCAGGAAAAAAUCGAGACUCCCCCGUGACCCCCUCCCACUUCCCCCGAGAACCCCGAUCCGCCCGACUCCACGGCCACUUCAUCCCCACGCUCCUUUUUCCCCCGUCACCCACUCCGAUACCACCAUCUCCAGUCACGCUGGCGUCCGAUACUUCCCAGCCUUCUCUGUUGGUCUCGCGUUCCAUCUCCUUCGCUCCCGAGAUGGACGGGCCUCAGCGACUCUCGCCAAACACCCAGAAGCAGGGCCGCCGGCGCCGCUCUAGCAGUCUCAUUUACCAGGAACCUCCCGAGUCGAUCGAACACACCAGCGACCAGGCUGCUCUGCCGAAUCUCAAUGCUAACUGGGUCAACGCGAAGGGUAAGUCCAAUGGAUCAUAUUCGUCCACCAGCACAAGAAUCUCCCAGUCGAUUCGGGCCACGGUGGACAGAGACAUGAAUAGCAAUCAAAGGCUGACACGGCGGUUUUCGCGGGAAUCAGGUGCCUGGACCAUCCACUUCGUCUGUAUCGCCGCCCUGAAGAUCUUCUACGACAUUAUCCCCGGCGUCUCGCAGGAGACUUCGUGGACCCUGACCAACAUCAGCUACAUGUUCGGAUCCUUCCUCAUGUUUCACUGGGUGCGGGGCAUCCCGUUCGAAUUCAACGCCGGUGCCUACGACAACCUUAACAUGUGGGAGCAAAUUGACAACGGCGAUCAGUACACGCCGACCAAGAAGUUCCUGCUCUGCGUUCCCAUCGUGCUCUUCCUGAUCAGCACCCACUACACCCACUACGACUUGACCUAUUUCACCAUCAACUUCCUGGCUACGUUGGCGGUUGUCAUUCCUAAGCUGCCUUUUUCGCAUCGGUUGCGAAUAGGUCUUUUCUCCGACUUACCGGAGGAGUCAUAG